CUUCACACCUAUACGAACUAACGUGUGUUGUAUAGGUAACUUGUAUAUUCUGUGAACAGUGAGUGUGUUUUUAAAAACAAACGAGUGCUAUUCCGUGUUGUGGUGGGAGUCAAGUGUAUUUUUUCCUCAGUGGUGGGAGUGUUAGUGGUAUUGUAGCCUCUAAACAAGAUGGAUCCUCUGGUGGAGAUGUCCUCGAAGCGCUGGCCGGAGAUCCGGGACAGCUUCGACACCCGGGACCCCCGGGACAUCACCGGGUACUACAUGAUGGACAUACCUUUACGACACCCGGAGUUGGUGGACGCCUUCAGUAUAAAGGUGUUCUGCCCCUACGGGCUGAUUGAAAACGGUGCCGUGCUAUUUAUUGAUAAGGGAGCUCUAAAGGAGGUCGUAAUUUUGGCAAAAAACAAUAACACAGAGCAAUUAGAGAAGGCGAUUGUUAACACAAAGAGAAUAGACUGGUCUGAGGUCCUAUGUGUCCCGUGGGCAGACGCCCCGGUCACCAGACUCAUGAAGAGAGUCUGCCCCAAGAUAGGAGUGAAGAUGAUCAAGUCUACUGCCACUAUAAGGCACGUCCGGAGCAAGGAUUCAGAACCGUUUGAGGAUUUGGAAGCCCCACCAGGCACCUACGCGGCCCCCCUGGAAGUAAAGCACGUGGACCAAGUAGACCGCGCCUGGGUGUUCCGCUACCCCACCUCCCCGCGCUUCUACCGCACCCUCAUCACCAACCAGCUCACAUACGGACUGUUCUCCACCCACGACCACGCUCUUCUCUGCUGGGUGACCAUCUGCGAGGCAGGCUAUCUCACUCACUUGUUCUGCGAAGAGCAGCACAGAAAGAAGGGUUACGCGGAGUUCCUUGGGAAAUAUGUGACCAAUGACCAGUUGAGGUUGGGCCGGGAUGUGUUCUGCUACGUGGUGGAGGAUAACCUGGCGUCGAUGAAGCUGUUCAGAAAGCUGGACUAUGACGUCAUUGGAAGGGGUGUCUGGAUGUAUUUCACUAGAGAGGAUAAAGUGGAAGAGAAUGCUGGUCUUGUGUAGUGUUUAUUUAGCUAAUUUUAAAUAAUUAUUAAUGGUAAUUAUGAAAAUUUUGUACCUACUAAGUAUACUUUAUUUAUGCUAUUUAGAAUUACU